AUGAGUAGAAGAUAUGAUUCAAGAACAACGAUUUUCUCCCCAGAAGGGAGAUUAUAUCAAGUUGAAUAUGCACAAGAAGCAAUUAGUCAAGCAGGUACUGCAAUUGGUAUAUUAACUACCGAAGGUGUUGUUUUGGCCUGUGAAAAAAAGAUCACUUCUAAACUUUUAGAUAAUGACGGAACAGCAGAAAAAUUAUAUAUUAUCAAUGAUUCCAUGAUUGCAGCAGUAGCAGGUAUGACUUCCGAUGCCAGUAUAUUGGUAAAUAAUGCCAGAGUUUAUGGACAACAAUAUUUAAAGACUUAUAAUGAAUCAGUACCUUGUGAAAUGUUAAUUAAAAAAAUUUGUGAUAUUAAACAAGGUUAUACUCAACAUGGUGGUUUAAGACCUUUCGGUGUGAGUUUCAUUUAUGCUGGUUAUGAUGAUCGUUACGAAUUUCAAUUAUUUACUUCAAAUCCUUCAGGUAAUUAUAGUGGUUGGAAAGCAACUUCAAUUGGUGCUAAUAAUUCUGCUGCUCAAACUUUAUUAAAGAAAGAUUACAAGGAUGAUUUAACUUUAAAACAAGGUUGUGAAUUAGCCAUCAAAAUCUUAUCCAAAACUAUGGAUUCAUCUAAUUUAAAUAGUGAAAAAGUCGAAUUUGCAACUUUAUCAAAAGGUAAAGAUGGUAAGAUUAUCCGUAAAAUUUGGAGCGACAAAGAUAUUGACUUAUUAAUUAAAGAAACUGGUGUGUUAGAUGCCAAAGAUGACGAAUAG